CUCGAUCGCGCGCGCACGUAAACAAGGUCACGCGCGACACAAUACAGCACGGCGCGGUUGCGAGCGUUCCCAAAAAAUAUUACACGAUAAACCAACUGCGAAAUACAUGCUUGUACCUCGCAUCGUGUGCCAAAUGUACUCCCGUGUCUUUCGCAUCUUUCUCUCCAACUCUCCUUGGGACGACCGAGCUUUUGUCGUGCGUCAGAUUAUAUGUGCGUCUGGACCGCCUUCGCUUAUCGCUUCCUCUAAAGGAUCAGUGGCGUUUAGAAAGAAAAUUCUCGAAUCUAGCAAGUCUGGUUUCAUCAAGGGGAGAGAACAAAAGGUGCACACCGCGGGUCGACGGCUUUUGGUGUUUGUGUAUCUAUCGCGAUGUAUUGUCCCUGGAGGAACGCUGUAUCAUCAUCACCGGGAAAGGGCUGAAGGGAGCUUAUUACUUUACGAGACUCUGACAUGAGCGCACGUGUACUUACGCUAUGCA